CCGACACUUUCGGGGGGAGGGGGGAGCAAAACGCCCUGCAAGUGUACGUCCCAACGCCCUCCUUCUUUGCAUUUCCACCCGCUCAGCGGAAUUGGGAGUCGCGACCUCCAGCACAGUCUUCUAGGAUGUGGUACCACAGGUUGUCCCACCUACAAAGCAGGUUCCAGAACUUGCUGAAGGGAGGAGUCAAAUGUCAAGUCCUUCAACAGCCUAAUUUCAAAAACUUAUUUCCAAUAGACAUCCACUGGCAUCAUACAACCUCCAAAUCUCUGAAUUGUGCUUGGCAGCAACUUGAAGAUCAUUUUGAAUUACAAUAUGCUAACACUGUGAUGCGCUUUGAUUAUGUCUGGCUUCGAGACCACUGCCGCUCAGCAUCUUGCUACAACUCUAAGACCCACCAGCGCAGCUUGGACACUGCCAGUGUGGAUUUAUGUAUCAAGCCAAAGAUCAUUCGUCAGGAAGAGACCACACUCUUUUUCACUUGGCCAGAUGGUCAUGUGACUAGAUAUGAAUUGGAUUGGCUGGUGAAAAAUAGCUAUGAAGGACAGAAACAAAAGGUUAUCCAGCCUAGAAUAUUGUGGAAUGCUGAAAUCUACCAGCAAGCCCAAGUUCCAUCUAUAGAUUUCCAGAGUUUCUUAGAAACCAAUGAGGGACUGAAGAAGUUUCUACAAAACUUUUUGCUCUAUGGAAUUGCAUUUGUAGAAAAUGUCCCUGCCACUCAAGAACACACAGAGAAGUUGGCAGAAAGGAUCAGCUUGAUCAGAGAAACCAUCUAUGGGAGGAUGUGGUAUUUUACUUCAGACUUCUCAAGAGGUGAUACUGCAUACACCAAGCUAGCUCUGGAUCGGCACACUGACACUACCUAUUUUCAAGAGCCCUGUGGCAUUCAAGUGUUUCACUGUCUUAAGCAUGAAGGAACAGGUGGCAGGACACUGUUAGUAGAUGGAUUCUAUGCAGCAGAACAGAUACUUCAAAAGGCACCUGAGCAAUUUGAACUCCUCAGCAAAGUGCCAUUGAAGCAUGAAUAUAUUGAAAAUGUUGGAGAAUGUCACAACCACAUGAUUGGGGUUGGGCCAGUCUUAAAUAUCUACCCAUGGAAUAAAGAGCUUUAUUUGAUCAGGAUUAUAACACAGAGGGUCAAUAAGAUAUUACAUAUGGAAACGUUCAUAAACUGUAAAUCUCCAUCUGAAGCCAGGAGACUGCAGUCGUGAUCCGUUAAAAAAUUGUCUUAAGGAAAAACUGUACACAGAAAUUACAUUGGUCUUCUGUUCUCAGGUAUAAACAAUGAGUCAAAGUAUUAGGGAAACCUGACUUUAAAACCUGUCUGCUACUUAUAUGAGCCCUGUGACACGUUUAAUCUGACUUUCAAGUUUCCUAACGUCUAAAAGGAAGUUAACAAUUCCUUCCCUUCUGGAAUCGUGAAAGGAGUGAAUGAAAUAUUCGUGGAAGUACCUAACACAACCCUGGAAGUUUCUGGAAGUAGCAAUGGGGGUCAAGACUGGUGAAGACUAUGCUUCGUCACCCUGUUCUCCCUCUGGGCAUGGCUCCUCAAAACCUGGGAGGAAGCACUGUUACAUUCUUUCAUGUGAUUUUCAUGGUAUCCCUAUGAGAUCCACUAAGCAGGUGUUACUAUGCUCAUUUUACAUAUGGGAAAACUAAGAAUAUUGGCUUUGAUUGUGCUAUGUACUAAAACCAACCAACAUUCUCUGAUACCCAGGAAGGGGACCACUGGAUGUUUAUUUCUCUUUGCAAAGAACUUCUUUGGCAGUGUCUGCUCAAGCUGAGCAUACCCAUACUUAUGACCCAGAAAUUCCACAUCUUCAGAGUUUAUCAAACAGAAGUGAAUACAGAUGUUCACCAAAAGGCAAUGUAAGAGACUGUUCACAGCAGCCCUAUUUGUAGUGCUUCCAAACUGGAAAGUACUCAAAUAUUCACCAACAUUACUUAUACAAUGGAUAAAUAAACCAUGCUGUGCUCACAAAAUUAGAGUCUAUACAGCACCAAGGAUGAACAAACUACUGCUAAACAAUGAUGUCCUCAAUCUAAUACUAAAUGAAGGAAAAUAGAUAUGAAAGACUAGAUAUUGUAGAUAUGUAUGAAGAUGCGUGUAGAUACAUAUAGAUGUCAAUAAGGAUGUAGUCGAUAUGUAUGAUUCCAUUUAUAUAAAGUUUUGUUUCUCAUAAACAGUAAAUGCUUAUCUUUGGCAAUAGAAGUUGGGAUAGUAGUUCCCCUUGGGUAGGGGAAGGGGCAUGACUGGAGAGGGCCAUGAGGAAAGGUUAUGGGCUUCUAGUUAAUUACUUAUUUAUCUGGAAGGUAGUGAUAGAGAUGUGAUCUCGUCAUGAAAAUUCAUCAAGAUGUAUUUCUCUGCUCUGUGUGUGUGUGUUAUAUUUCAGUAAAAAGUUAAUUUGUAUCCCAUUUGUGUACAAUGCAUCAAAAUGCAGUCUGUAAAAAUAA